GUCAUGGCGCAGCCGAGCGGGCCGCGGCGGGGCCGGGCGCUCGUCGCCCUGCUGGCCUCGCUGCUUCUCUCCGGGGCCCAGGCGGCCGGCAGAGACCUGGACGUCCACGAGUCUUGUGGCGUUUCGAAGGUAGUGGGGAGAUGCCGGGCUUCCAUCCCCAGGUGGUGGUACAAUGUCACUGAUGGGUCCUGCCAGCUGUUUGUGUAUGGCGGCUGUGAAGGAAAUGGCAAUAACUACCUGAGCAAGGAGGAGUGUCUUGAGAAGUGUGCUGGUGUCACUGAGCGCACCAUUGAGGGUGUGGCUGGGAACAGGAACGGAGCCGACUCUUCUGUCCUGAGUGUUCCCAGAAAGCAGGACUCUGAGGGCCUCGCUGGUGAGAUCUUCAACUAUGAAGAGUACUGUGUCCCGAAGGCCGACACUGGGCCUUGCCGGGCAGCCUUCCGCCAGUGGUACUAUGACGUGGAGAAGAGUUCCUGUGACAGCUUCAUCUACGGCGGGUGCCGCGGCAACAGGAACAGAUACCUCUCCCGGGAGAAGUGCAUGCAGCGCUGCUCCGGCAAGCAGAUGUAUCCUGCUCUGACUCCUGGCACUAAAGCGGUCGUCCUGGUGGGGCUGUUUGUGAUGGUCCUGAUCCUCCUCCUGGGAGCCUCUGUGGUGUGCCUGAUCCGGGUGGCACGCAGGAAGCAGGAGCGCGCGCUCCGAACCGUGUGGAGCACGGGGGACGACAAGGAGCGGCUGGUGAAGAGCACCUAUGUCUUGUAAAAGCCCCAGUGCUGGGGGGCAGGGAGGGCGGGCGGGGAGCAUGAGCUUGUAUCCCAGAGAUCAUUAGGGGGUUGGUCUUUGCUUCCUGGGGCAGAGAAGCUCUUCCUAGUCCCAUUUGGCUGCUUAGGCCCCUUGACUUCUGUUUCUCCCCCAUCCUCUGCCUUUGCACCGUUGCCUGCUUUAGCCUCACUGGUAGUCCUGUUCUGGUAAUUUUCAUUGUUAGUUUGAUUCAUGUUGUGUUUUUUUAAGUAGAUAAAGGUUUUUUAAAUUGGGAUUCUGAACGAAAAAAAGUAUGUUUAAUAAAAUGGGCUUUUAAAAUAAAA